AAUUUACAAGGAGUUUGGUCCAAGUUCAACAUUCAUCCAAUCCAAACCAGGUAGGUUUAUUUCCCAACACGGGCUAAAACAUUAAGCUGCGAACACUCACGACUCACCGCAGUUAAGUCGUUAUUCAUUCCAAAUCCGCCACAAAUAAACCUCCAUCUCAGAUCCAAUUCACCCCAUUCUCCAAAUCCUCAAACCCCCUUUAACAAUGGCGGAACAUCUAGCCUCAAUAUUCGGCACAGAGAAAGACCGAGUUAACUGUCCCUUCUACUUCAAGAUCGGCGCGUGUAGACACGGCGACCGUUGUUCGCGUCUCCACAACCGUCCCACCAUUUCCCCAACUCUCCUUCUCUCCAACAUGUACCAACGUCCCGAUAUCAUCACUCCCGGCGUCGAUCCCAACGGUCAACCGAUCGAUCCGCGCCAGAUCCAGCAGCACUUCGAAGAUUUCUAUGAAGAUAUCUUUCUCGAGCUUUCUAAAUUCGGUUACAUCGAAACGCUAAACGUUUGUGAUAAUCUCGCCGAUCAUAUGAUCGGGAAUGUUUACGUUUUGUUUCGUGAGGAAGAUCAUGCCGCGGCGGCGCUUGGUUCGUUGCACGGUAGAUUUUACUCCGGUCGGCCUAUUCUUGCGGAUUUUUCUCCGGUGACGGAUUUUCGUGAGGCGACGUGUCGGCAGUAUGAGGAGAAUAGUUGUAACCGUGGUGGUUAUUGUAAUUUUAUGCAUGUUAAGAAAAUUGGAAGGGAAUUGAGGAGGAAACUGUUUUCUUCUCAACGGAGCCGGAGCAGAAGCAGGAGUCGGAGUAAUAGUCCUCGCCGGAGAAGGAGAAGUGGAGAUCGAGAGAGGCCGCGUGAUAGAGAUAGAGAUUAUGAGUCUCGUGGAAGAAGAAGUAGUGAUAGGGAUAGGAUUAGGGAUAGAGAUGGGAAUAGGGAGAGGAAUAGAGAUAGUAGAGAUGAAGGUGGAAGGCGGAGAAAUGGUAGUUCGGCGAGGGAAGGAAGGGAAGGGAGCGAGGAAAGAAGAGCGAGGAUUGAACAAUGGAACAGGGAAAGAGAGGAGAAGCCUUGAUGUUUUUGCUGAUUUUUAUUUUGAUUUUCUGUUUUGACAUAGGUUGAGGUUGUGAUUUGUGCUGUAUGGUGAAAUUCAAAUGAAGGUGAAUAUCUGACGGUGAGGUUUAUGGAAGAAUCGGUGAAGAGAAGGGAAUGGUAAGGAUUGUGUAAUCGAAUUGGUUGAGUAGGAGCCUUGAUUACAAUUUAAGUUCACUAUGUUUCUAUUUUGUUUAAUAUGUUUGUUGUUUGAGCUUAUCAAUCAGCACAAACACAUGUAAGACUAUUUAAGAGCUUCUGAAAACAUCUUGUGCCAUGUCCAUAAGUUGUUUCAGAGCUUAUUUCCCUGAGCUCUCUAGGACAUCUUAUGAAAAUAGUUUGACGUUAUUUUAUCAUUUGUUAUUGAAAUAGUUUAUUUGUAAGCACUUAGUAGUUUGCUAUCUUAUCUGGUAUUCCAAUCAUGAAUGGGAAAUAACAAGUUAUUUUCUGGUGUCGAGGAUUA